CAAUGAAUGAGGCAACCGACGGAACCCGUCCCCGGCAUUCGAGUGGUGUUUCGGCAAUGUUCAGUGUUGGUGUUACACCAACGAACAAUGUGACAGACUUCCCGACAGCCGCUUCUUCAACGACAUCAGCGACCUCAGACUCGCCCCUUUCGUCUAGGCACUCUUCAAUAGCAGCUAGCCUUGCGACUAGUGGGGGUCUCACGCGGAGGCCUAGUCGGGUUGCAACCAUUAGUGGUAUGAAGCGAUCAACAUCUUCUACUGAGGAUGCCACUGCAGCUACCGCAUCCGAUAGAGGAGGAAAGGUUGUGGAAUCUCCUGAUGAGGGAGCCGAAGGAUCCGUCCCAGAACCGAGCGGAUCUAUACUCUCCCUUUGGACAGUAUUAUCAAAGACUAUGAUUGGUGUUGGUAUGCUUGGCCUUGCUUAUUCUGUAUCAAGAUGUGGCUGGGUUAUUGGUAUACUAGCUAUCAUUAUCAGUGGUUUGGCAUCUCUGUUCACUCUUCAUCUACUUAAUCGAUGUGCCUUGAUGCUUGAGGUGAGGCCAAUGAGCUUCUUCGUCAUUUCACAAGCGUGCUCUCCACGCUCAAGGUGGGUAGUGGAUACAAUUUUAGUCAUUACGAGUAUUGGAGUAUGUAUAGUUUAUUUACAGGUUGUUGGUAAUAUGCUUGAACCCCUCAUAUCCCGAUGGAUACCUAUCAUACCAGAAACUAUUGGUUCUUUUGCUACACGAGCGAUUCUCAUUUUGAUAUGUGUGGCAAUUGUAUCGCCUGUUUGUUUCUGGCGGUCAGCAGGCAAUACGGCCAUUGUCAACAUGGUUGGCCUUAUCAGUCUGGUCUACGUUGUCAUUCUAGGAAUUGUUUACUGUGAUUGCUCUAAGACCGAUGAGAACACAACAGUUUGGCCUCCAGCUAACUUCUGGACGGUAAUGGGUGUUCUACCUAUCAUUAUCAUGUCCUUCGGAUGUCAUAUGAAUGCUUUCCUUGUUACUGAUGAUCUUAAGAAUCGAACACAAAAGCGUGUGGACAUAGUUUCAACCGCCGCUAUUUCUACAGCCAUAGUUAUCUUCAUACCGGCAAUGGUGUUUCCCUACAUAACUUUUGGCUACGACGUCGAAGCUCUUAGUUUACAGAACCUUAGUGUUAACUAUAUUCCUGUACAAAUUGGAUAUGUGGCUCUAGCAGUAUCGGAA